AUGUGCGCAUACCGCCUUCGUGGCUCUCCCAUGAACACCGACGCAACACACAUCUACACAGACGGCAGCGGCAUCGACGGUCACAUCGGAGCCGCCACAGUCUGCGCAACCACACAGCAAACCAGCAAAACCCACAUGGGCGACGAUACAACAUCAACAGUCUACGCAGGAGAGCUGCAAGGUAUCGUCUUGGCCCUCGAAAUGGCCCAGGCAGACAAGCAAAACGGAAAUCCCAGGAGCAAAGUCUUCAUCCACAACCACAGACCCUUCAAAAACUCCGUGGCGUGUCACAUGUCGAGAUACAUCAAAGCUACACAGCAGGAGGCCGUCCUUAAUGUGGUCUGUACGAUGUGA